ACAAACUUAUUGAUCUCUAAAGUUCCUUGUAAGUUCUAAGCUCUCUCAUCUUUGUGUUUUUGGAAUUUCUCUAUAGAAAGAAAAUGGCAGACAACUCUCAGAAGAUGAGCUACCACGUUGGAGAAGCCAAGGGCCAAGCCCAGGAGAAGGCAAGCAACAUGAUGGACAAGGCAAGUGAUACAGCCCAAUCAGCAAAAGAGUCGAUGCAAGAGGCAGGACAACAGAUGAAAGCUAAGGCACAAGGUGCAGCUGAUGCUGUCAAAGAUGCCACUGGCAUGAACAAAUGAUAAUAUUUGUUUCAUUCAGCCCAUCAUUUGUUUUCUGUUAUCAGUGACUUUUUCGAUUUUGUUUUGUUUUGUUUUUUGGCUAAAGCUCCAAAAGGCCUUUGAGCGAGCUAGCCUCAUCUUCAAUUUGUGUGGAAAAAGAAAAUGGUUUGAUAUACCUUUUGAGUUUUGAGCCUCCAAUCUAUUCAUAAGAAUGAGGGGCUAAUAAUAAUCGAGUGUAGGGCUAAAAUAUUUUGCUUUAAGUAAAGAAAAUAUCGCAUUCUCUCUUUCA